UCUUUUUUCCAAUUAUACAAUGUUUGUCUUGAUAGUUAUGUGAGUUGUGUUUUAUUGUUUAUUGAGGUUUGGAAAUCUCUCUUGAUGAUGUUGUAAAGAAAUGCAGAAAUGCUCCAUACAGCACUGAUCUCUGCAACCAAGAAACUAGUGCAUUCAUUGUGUAUUUGGAGAAACAAAACUGUAGCACCAAAAGCUGGAUCAGAAAUUGAAGAAAAAAAAACUGUAAGGACCAAAACUGGAGCUGUGUCAAAUGCAACAAGAGCCGUGUUUACUUUGAGGAAAUGCCAUCUGACAGUGAUAUUCCAUAUGAGGCAGCAUACAGUAUACACAUAAAUGAUCUAGAAGAUGAGAAUGGAGACGUUAUUCCUUCAAACGCAGCAGACUCAUUGGACUUUCUGGAGUCCGAUUUGAUGGACAAUAUGGAAAAAAAUAAUGAAAGCAACGCAAUGAUUGUCAUGGGGAACGUUACUGGUAUUCUGCAAAUACAAGACACAAACACAGAGACGGAAGACAUCACCAUAUGCUACAGUUCAAACAACACCAUGGUUAUUAUGAGUCAAAAUGACAUGAACACAGGCUGUUUGUGGACUGCAAUGUUUCCCAGUGAAGCCUUUAAUAAAUCCCGACUGGAAAACAAUGGAAGUGCAUUUGUUGGAGUUCUGCGGUUCACUAACAUGGGGAAUAAAAAUCAAACUAAAAACUUCACAAUUCUGAACAAUGAGGUUUAUGGAAUAACAAUGGGAGCCAAUAUCGCCAACCUCACCAACAACAUUGAAAUAAUCUUUACAAAUAAGGAUCUGGUUGGUGGUCCCUCUUCCUGCUCUUCUUGGAAUGGCAAAGGAAAUCUUGAGUGGACGACAACUGGAUGUGAGACAAAAAUGAUCGACAGUAAAAGCAUAAAGUGCUCAUGUUCACAUCUGACGUUCUUCGCAGUGCUGAUGUCUCCGGUCACAGAUGCAAACGCUGUAGCGCCGUAUCUGGAGUCACUGACCCUCAUCUCUGCUAUCGGCUGUGGGAUCUCUGUGUUUUUUCUGGCCUUCGCUCUGUUCAUCCAUUUCCUGCUGCGGAAAGCCAAAUCCAAUCAGGCCACGAAGAUCCUGAUCAACAUGUUCGGUGCUCUGUUUCUCCUGAAUGUGUCUUUUCUGUCGAACGAGAGCGUGGCAAACUCAGGAGACAAGAAUGCUUGUGUCUUCAUAGCUCUGCUGAUGCAUUACUCUAUGCUGACCACAUUCACCUGGUUCUUCAUUCAAGCUCUUCAUAUGUACUUAUGGCUCAUCCGACAGAACGUCACCAUCACAAACUACAUGAGGAAGAUCACCGUGUUGGGCUGGGGGUUUUCAGCUCCAGCUGUUAUUGCAGUAGUUUCUGUAGGAGGAUACAACAAAACGAUCCUAACCGCAUCAUCAGGAAAAGUUGCACAAAUGUGCUGGAUUACAAAUCCUUUAAUUCAUUACAUACUGAACAUGGGAUACUACAUCUUCGUUUUCAUCUUCACAAUAGUCAUCUUCAUCAUCACUAUCCUCACUAGGAUUAUCCAGAGUAGACACAUAAGAGCGACUGAGGGCAAGAGACAGACGUUCAGAAAGCAGCUGAUGAUGGUGUUGAGUUUGUUUCUUCUGUUUGGUCUGACGUGGGCUGUUGCCUUCUUCAGUUAUGGACCGAUGCUCAUUCCCUCAUACUACAUCUUCUGUGCACUCAACUCCCUUCAAGGGUUUUUCCUCUUCUUGUAUUACUUUCACAUUCACAAGGAUGUUGCUGGUCAUUUUUCAGACGACCCGAAAAGCUCCGGCUCCAUCACAACUAUUGUUCCACCAAAAAACACCAAUAGUAAUGCUGAGGAACAUGUUUAUGAUCUGGCUCGCUAGAACAGAAAAUGCACCAUCUCUCAUUUAUCAGUAAUCAGUGCCAGAAUACAGUUCUGUGUAUUUGUGUUUAUAAAUCAUUUCAUACUCAUUAUUAGAUAUUUAAACAAAGGUCAUUUGAUAUAAUCAUUUUAUAUUAUUUUAUAAGGUGUAUAUAUUCUGAUGUAUGUGGGUUCAGGGCUACUUUAACAGUAGUUUCAGUAUGAAACAUAUAGGCUGUGUUUGACUGAUAUAUUCAGGUCAUUUGUUGAACUGCAGGUAAAUUUUGCAUCUCUAAGAUUAACCUGUUACUUUUGGGUGCACAAAAUGAUUUUGUAUUUUCCUUUUGAAUAAUUAUAUCUAGCUUACCUCACUGGCAGAUUAUUUUUCUUGUUUUAAGGAAAAAACUCACCUAAUUUUGCCUAAUUAUUUCCUAUACCAAGUCAUGUAAAUGCAGGAAAUGCUUCUUUAUUUAAGAAUUUGUAGAUAUUUGGACUAGAAACAAAAGCUCCAAGUAAGAAAGGUAUUUUCAGUGUAUAUUUUAGCAUAGAUGAUUCCUCUGCAUGUUUGUCAUAAUGUGUUGUACCAGCAGAUAGCGCUGUGAGGCUUCAGAUUGUGUAGUUUUCCUCAUGAAUGAGUCUGAGUUUAACAUGUGAAUGAAAUUGCAGAGUUCUGUGACUCACAGAGCUGCUAUUUCAACCUGUUACUGACUCAGUUCUACAUAUUUCAGAUUCACAGCGACUAAUAAACCUCCUCAAUCCUGCUGAAUGAGCUGUUCAUUUCA